AUGGAUCCAGCCAACUUGCCCUCAAAUCCUGACGAGAACGGAGCUGGUGCUAUUCUUGGUGGUACUAUUUUUGUCGUUACUUUGGCCACGAUUGUUGUAAUUGCUCGUUUGUAUGUGAGAAUCUUUAUCAUUCGUGGUACUGGAUGGGAUGAUGCCUUUAUGAUAUUAACAAUGGCCCUGAAUUGGGCCGGCGAGGGUGUCAUCAUUGCCUCUGUGGUAUAUGGUGCUGGGAAACACAUUGGCGAUGUUGAACCAGAUGUCUUUCAAAAAGGGAUGAAACUCAACUUCAUCAGUCAACCCAUUUUCCUUAUUGCCAUAUGCGUCGUCAAGUUGUCUGUCGGAUUUGCUCUGUUGCGAAUUGCCUCUACCAAAUUCUACCGGUGGCUUAUUUGUGGUAUCAUGAUAUUCAUGUCCAUCUACACUAUUGGAUGCUUUUUCACUGUAGUACUCCAGUGUAAGGAUCUUCGUGCCCUCUGGGAUCCCCUUGUCCCUAUGCAGUGCUGGUCCCAGCACACCCUUCAAAGCCUGUCAUAUACAAACGCUGCUCUCAACAUCUUGACUGAUCUUUUCUUCGCCGUCAUUAUUCCUACACCCAUGUUAUGGAACCUCAACGUUCACUUCCGCACUCGAGUGACACUGAUUGCCAUUCUUGGUCUUGGUGUCUUUGCCUGCGCUGCCGCCAUUGUGAAAGUAGGCUAUGUGACUAACUACGGCAAAGUGGGCGACUGGCUUUGGGACUCCCGCAAUAUCAGCAUCUGGACCGUUGUCGAGCUCAACGUUGGUAUAAUUGGUGGCAGCUUGCCCUGUCUUAAGCCGCUGUUUCGCCGUAUUCUCGGCAGUUACUAUGGCAAAGGCUCCAAGAAAACUCCUAUCACUGGUGAUAGUGCUUAUGGCCGAGGUACACUACGAAGCGCGACCAUGCGAAGCGGAAAGAACUGGCAUACUUUGUCGAGUGGUCACAGAAAGGAUGACGAGACGAGCAGUCAAGAAGGCAUCAACAAUAACUACGAGCUUCGGGACAGGGUAACAAGCCCUCAUGGAUUUUCCAACCAUGCUACCGUCCUCGGCAAUAUUGACGUACAAUCGAGUGAUGAGGAGUGUGCAGGAGAUGCAGUAUACAGAGGCGCUGGUAUUACGAAAACCACCACAGUUAAGAUUUCCAGGGCAGGCAAUUGA